CCGGCCAGCAUGGCGGACCUCCACCGCCAGCUGCAGGAGUACCUGGCGCAGGGUAAAGCCGGCGGGCUGGCGGCCGCGGAGCCGCUGCUCACUGCAGAAAAGACGGAAGAGCCCGCGGCGGGGGCGUGGCUGGGCCGCGUGGGCCUGCGCUGGACAUGGGCGCGGAAGCCUGCGGAGUCAACGGUGGGGACAGGCCCAGUGUGCUUACCUAGUGUGACGCGCGCGCAGCGGCUGGCGGCAAGCGGCGUGUGCCUGCUGCUGGCCGCGCUCUGCUUCGGCCUGGCUGCGCUCUACGCGCCCGUACUGCUGCUGCGCGCCCGGAAGUUCGCACUGCUCUGGUCGCUGGGCUCGGCGCUGGCGCUAGCGGGCGGGACGCUCCUGCGGGGCGGCGCGGCGUGCGGGCGCCUGCUGCGCGGCGAGGAGACGCCGUCGCGGCCCGCGCUGCUCUACGUGGUCGCGCUGGGCGCCACGCUGUACGCGGCCCUCGGGCUGCGCAGUACGUUGCUCACGGCGCUGGGCGCCUGCGUGCAGGUGGCCGCGCUGCUGACCGUGCUGUUCGGGCUUCUGCCCUGGGGCGCAGGCACGGCGCUGCGCGUAGCGCUCGGACGCCUGGGCCCGGGCGCCGGCCUCGCUAAGGCGCUGCCAGUGUGAGAAACCCAGGGCACGCGCCGUCAGACCAGGACGCGCUGUCCAGACAUGACGCGGAGCCCGGCCCCCGGAAUGCGCCGUCGAGAGACCACCGGGAGCGAGCCCCGGGCGCAUCGCGGACUGAGCCGAGGACUGCACCCGCCGGUUUCCCUAUCGCGCUGGGUAAAGGCUGCUCCGUUAUUGUGCCAGCGAACCCGUCAACGUCUUUGAGCGGCCGUUCUAAAACUGAGACUCGAGCCGGUUCGGAAGCUCUUCGGUUUCAGCGUUUUUCCGCCUUACUCGGUAGCAUGUGCUAUGAAACGAGAUGUUGACUUGGUGAUAUGCUGUGAAAAACUUAAUGGUAAAUUGCUUUUGCGUUAACCGUGGUUUUAGAUUGAGCGCUGUAAAAAAAAGAAUGGCUCCUCAGUUUUAAUUAGCUGCUCUUGUGACUUUCCUCAGACCUGUUUUACCUUUUGUCGUUUAAAAAAAUCCAGUGGUAGAUUGAAGUAACGUAGCUACAAUACGCUUUUGUUUUCUUUGGCUUUUAGAAAUUUUUUCUUCAUUCAAUAAGUGGAUUCUUAAGGGUAUCAAAUUAAACACUAAAUUUAGCCACCGGGUUUUAUAUAAGUACUUUAGUUAAGACGGCUUACCUCGGUUUUUCCUUUUUUUAGUGAAAUUGUAAAUAUGGUGCCUUACAAAAUUAAAGGAAGAUUGGUUCUGUAUUAGACCAUGAAAGCAAUGGACCAAAAAGGGAAAUGUCUGCCCCAAGAAGCAGGACAUUUCAGUGCUAUGAGAGGUUCCUGGGCAGAACUGGUUGGGCUGGGGACUCCUGCUGGACGAGAGAAUUCUACAUCCAAAGUUCUAUAUUUGAUGGAAACCAUGGAUUUCUACAAGGCCAUUACCUGCUUUUUAAACUAUAAUUUACAUUUUGUAGGCUGAUUCUAAUGCAGUGUAAGAUUUUCAUAUCUGUCAAGUUUCCUUUUAGGUUCAGCAUUUACUCUUGUCUCUGACCUAAUUGUAUAUGCUAAUGUAUUGCCAGAAAGUUUGGACUGGAUAUUCUGAUGAGUCCAAAAAACUACAUAUUUUGUCAGUAGCUAUAUUAACUAGAAAAUAGAUGUAUUUAGACUUUUCAAAUUCUAUGUCAG